GUUUCAGUAAAUUUUUAAGAUACACAAAAUAAGGAAUAGAUUAACAUAUCAAGCUGGCUCACCAGUUUUGGUUUUCGUUCCCCCCACCGGGAGCGUCUGGUGGAAGUUCAUCAACAGGACCGACCGAGGAGGAGAAACAAAAGGAACGGCAGAAGAAUGAAACAGCCGAGCGCGAACAACAGAAGCAUCAGAAAAUUGAAGCAGCUAUCUUUAAGCGCGAAGCCCGUGAGGUUCGGCAACUUGAUAACGAGUUGUUGAACCAACGCAGAGCUCAGGAGAGGGAACGCCAGGCGCAACUAGGAUCUGAGCGCCAAGCAGCAGCAAUAGCAGCCUCAUCGACAGUACCAGAAGCAGCAACAACAGAAGCAGCAGGAUCGCCUGCAUUUACUGACGAUAGCAAGCCAUCAAACGAAAAGUCGCCCAGUGUACAAAGUGCCGUGGAAAACCCUACAAUGGCUUUAAAGGAAAUCAGCCAAACUCGUAUUGAGGACGAAGGAACGCUGCAAAUAUCUCCCAUGAAUGUAGCUAUGUUCAAUAAAACAUCCAAUUUAGAGUACCAGGAAACAACGCCCGCUAUUCCAUUCGAAUUCAUACAAAACCGACAAGAUUCUACCGAGAGCGAGCUAUCCACCACUUAUUCACAAUCUCAAUCGGAGGCGUAUCAUAAAUUGAUGUGCCGCGCGCCAAUAGCAUCGUUAGAUUGUAUGGAGGAAUUCAGUGGUACGACAGCACAGCUAGAUUUCGGUCGUUCAACCAGUUUGGGUUCGAAUCCAGCAAUCCCAGUUCGGAACAAUGCUACAACUACACCUGGCUUGCGGUACAAAAAUUUGGGCAAAAGUGGCCUCCGGGUAUCGAAUGUCGGUCUCGGAACGUGGCCGAUAUUUUCUCCUGGUGUAUCGGAGGAUCAAGCAGAAGCAAUUUUACGAUUAGCUGUGGAUAGUGGCAUCAACCUUUUUGAUCUGUCGGAAGCACAUUCUGGUACCCGGGCUGAAAUCGAAUUGGGGAAAAUAAUUCAAAAAGCAGGCUGGAAACGGACAAGUUAUAUUAUAACGACCAAAAUAUAUUGGAGCACGAAAUCCGAAGAACGUGGGUUGUCCAGGAAGCAUAUAAUAGAGAGUGUCCAGGCCAGUUUACAACGACUGCAGUUAUCAUACAUAGAUAUAAUACUCGUACAUAAGGCUGAUUCAAUGUGCCCAAUGGAAGAAAUAGUUCGGGCAAUGGACUAUGUUAUUACGCAAGGAUGGUCUAUGUAUUGGGGAACUGCACGGUGGUCGCCAGUUGAGAUAAUGGAAGCAUAUACUAACUGUAGGCAAUUCAAUUGUGUGACUCCCAUAGUCGAGCAAGCUGAGUAUCAUAUGUUCUGCAGAGAGAAAGCCGAACUUUAUCUGCCGGAAAUGUAUAACAAAAUUGGUGUUGGUUUCAUGGCAUGGGGUCCAUUAUCAAUGUGCUUAGGUGAUACACAGAACGGAGAACGUCUAUGGUUACCGAAAGGGUCCUUAAAAACUAAAAGUCAGAGCUAUUCAUGGACUGAAGAUGAAGUGAACAAAGAAGAGCGGAUGGAGGAAACUCGUCGGAUAUAUGACAAAGCCAGAGAUAUAGGUACCCUUGCAGAAAAAUUGGGAUGUAAUGCAAUGCAACUUUCUAUUGCGUGGUCGCUAAAACAUGAGCCUGUGCAAUGUUUACUGUUGGGAGCAACGUCAGCAGAACAACUGCACCAAAGUUUACAAGCGUUACAGCUGUUACCACGACUUUCGACGGGCGUAAUGUUGGAAAUCGAACGUAUUUUGGAUAACAAACCUGUAAGACCCCCUCCAAUUUCAACACUGGCGCUUCGGUGACAAUCAGCCUGCCCCCCGGGGCCUCCUAGCUCAACAGGAGUGCCUUGUGGGGCAGAGUCUCCAAAAGAAGAAGACAUCAGCAUGGGUGAUGAUCAAAAAGAAUCUCAAAAGAUUAGUUUUUGUGAAAUUCAGUGACAACAGGGGAAUUUAGACAGUAACAAAUUUUCCUUAAAAUCCUUGAAAUAUUCUGAAAAUCCCAAAGCCAAUUCCAGGAAGGAUACGGUAAAAUAUGCAAAAGUGUCCGAAUCUACUAGUAACUUAGAAAUUUCACUUUUGUCUACUACUCGCUUAGAUAGUAAUUCGACUAAUACUAAAACAAACAAUAAUUCAACCAAAGAUAAUAAAGGUGCACGCCAAUUAGAUCGCAAUAAGUCAAUUGAUGCAAUGAUAACAAACACUAACGAGCGAGAAGAAAAUUCAAAACACAACAAAGUUAAAAUUCGUCGUAAUUCAAGUUUGAUAAGUUUCAAAUCAUUGGAUAUUAGCCUGAAGUCGAUUUAUUCGUCCCUCAAAGGACAGAAAAACAAUGCUGACAAAAAUCGAAACGAAUCGACUUCAUCGCAGAAAGCCACCUGUAUCCUUCGUGCGCCAUAUCUGAAAGUGGAAACUGUUGAAAACGAUGAAUCUCAGAAGCUGCUUCUAACCUAUGCUCAAUCGCCUGGCGGCUCGCAACAUCGAAGAAGUUUCGAUACUACUAGCUCACAAUAUUUGAGUACACAAACUAACUAUCAGGAGUUGACACAAUCACCACAUGGCAGCUCAGUAUAUUUGUCUGUAAGCACCGGGAACAUCCGUCGUUCAUCAACAUCCGAUAUUCUGGGCAGCCACAACAGUAGCAGGAAAAGCAGUGUGCAACAAUCAUCGUGUGGCUCAGUCCUGGAAAAUCGUAAGCCCAGUACAUCAGAUAUGCUACGUAAGGCUCGUGAACGGAAAGGCAGUGAAGGAAAGAUCGGGCGCAGUAUAUCGCAAGGCGGUAUCGCUAGAGGAGGAAUGAGAAGUCGUCGAAUCAGCAUGGCAUAUUAGAAAACAAAAGCAAAUUCAAUGCAGUGUUAUUGUUUAGAAGAAUCUUUUUAUUAAAAAUAUAUUUCCUUUUUGUCACAUGAAGCAAUGAAUGCCUCUAAUAUAAUGUUUGAAUCAAAUUUGAAGUUAUGUAAUUAAAUAAUUGAUUGUAUGACUGUAUCAAAGUUUUUUUUUAUACGAAGUUGUUUGUUUGUAAUUUGUUUACAGCUUUGUGAUUGCUAUCUUUAAGAACAUUACUAAAUCAAAAGCUUACAGUAGCAAAAUAUGAACGUGUACUGGAACGUUAAAAAUAAAGCAACCAGUUUAGGAAAUCGAGGAUACGGAAUUUGAUGAGUUUAGGUUUGCUUAAAUUACACUACACAUAUUUAGGACUGUGAUUUCUUGUAGUUGUACACACACAUACACACGUUAAGAGAAGGUACCGUGUAUCCAAAAACGUAUUUACAUAGUUUGAACGGACCAGCUGAUGUGUGUUUGAAUACACGAUACCGUCCAUUUUGUGAUUUCUAGCAACGUGUACUUAUUGUGCCGUUGGUAAAUCAUUGAAUUCUUAGCUAAAACUAUCGAGAAUAACCUAUAAAAUUUUUACCAAGCGAUAAAAAUAGUAGAAUUAAAUUUAUAAUCGAAAACUCUAAUACAAUACAAAAUCGCAAUAAUGUAUCGUAUAUUUUCUGAAAACUGAUGCAUUCGAGAAUGGAAUUAAAAAGAUAACUAAAUGCAAAGAAACAUCAACGUAAAGGAAAUAUAACAAAACAUUCAAAAUUGAUACAAUUUAACAAACAGUACUCUUCUGCUAUGCCAAAAGUGCAUCUUUUAGAUUUAAACAUGUUGAAAACAAAUAAUGAGCAUAGCGUAAAACUAGAAAUUUAGAGCAACAUCACGAAGAUGAUUACAAUCCCGUGCAACCAAUAAAAUUAGAUAUUUUCACAAUUACUUAGAUAAGAAAACAUAAUUUUGCGACACCAAUUUAGCAAUUGUUCUAGAAAUAAUAUACAAAUGAUAAUAAGAGAAAAAAGAAACUACGUGAAUGUGAAACUACGUUUACGAACUGUAGCAUUGGUCAUGAAUCAUGAUGUACAACGAUUAUGCGUUUAUGCCUUCGCCCAUACACUCAUAUAAUUUUCCUAUGUACAUAUUCAUUAGAGUGGGGCAUCAUGGUUACUUUUUCAAAUCAAUAGUAUUUCAAACCCAUUCGGGGUCCCGAACAACUGUGCAGAAUUUGAGCCCGAUUGGUUGCUUCCUCGCUUUCCGCAUCGCGUAUAAAGUUUGUAUGGGAAUUAGUAAGGGAAAACGUACAUUUAUGCAUUUUUACUCCUAGAGGUUUUAGUUAAUAGUAAACCAAGUGGCUCAAUACGUUAGAGUAUAACGCAAAGAAUGACGAAGAACUUUGCUGAAGGAGGUACGUUGCUGGAAGUUCUGCAAAAAAAGUUAGGAUGCUUCGAAAUUUGCUUGUAUAAACUAAAUAUGCCAAAAACCGUGCCAGCAAUGCCGAACUAGGUGGGCCAAUAAUUUAGCUGAGCGUUAUUUUAAAAUUAUUGAUCUUAUAGGGCUGUGGAGUUAAUUGGAGUUAUGCGGAAUCAUUUCUCAAUGUAAAAAUCCGGACAAGAAGGGAGAAGGGUUUUGCCUUCUAACAUCCAUAGGCUGACCGGUAGUGCUGGCAGAAAGAUUGCUUUCUCGCAGACGAUUCAAACAAUCUAGCUUCGAAGCGUUAUAACAUUUUUUGUAUACGUGCCAGCAAUGUAACUUCUUCAGCAAAGUCGUUCGCAAUCCUUCAGACUAUAUGCAAGCGUAUUGAGUGACGUGAUUAGCGAUAAAUGAAGCCGACAGGAGAAAAAAAUGCAAAAAGUAUGUUUUCCCAUACUGCCGUUCUACGCAUAACUGUCCCAUGUUACCUUUGAUGAAAAAAAACAAACUCAAGUCAAAUUGUCCCACUGAUUUCAGAAUCGAUUGGAUCUUAAAAUUUAACAAAUAUUUUUGGAAUAUUAUAAGCAUAGGCAACACUUUUCCAGGACAUGUACCGAAUCACUAUUUAUUUAACCGGUUUUUAGUCUUUAUUAUCAUCAAACAACAACUUAAUUUUUUCAGUGGGACAAAUUGACUCGAGUUUGAGAUUUUUCAUCAAAGGUAACAUGGGACAAUUAUGCGUAGAACGGCAGCAUACUAAUCGCAAUAUAAAAUUCAAACGCGAUGCGGAAAGCGGAGAUGCAACAAAUCGAGCCCAUUUUUUGCAUAGUUUAUUUGGGUCCCAAAACGAGUCAGAAAAACCUUGAUCUCACUUGAUUGUACGAAGUUUGUUUUUUUUUUCAUACAACUGCGUCCCACUCUAAUAUUCAUCAAACCCAGCGGCAUUCACAAAAAAAAAACGCUUUUGAAUCUUUACUUGCAUGUUUGAUGGACGGAAACAUUCCCCAUCUAAGCGUUACGUAAUUUAGCUUCAUUAGCAUUACAUUCACCACUGGGACAUUGCCGCCUCGCAACUUAGUGUUCAUGAAGCACUUCCACAGUUAUUUACUGCGAGGUUUCUAAGCCAAGUUAUUAUUUUCAUAUAUCGUGAGGCUAAUACUAUGAUACUUUUAUGCCCAGGGAAGUCGAGUCAAUUUCCAACUCGAAAAUUUCCUAGACCGGACCGGGAAUCAAACCCAGCCAUUACGUAAUUUAUGAAUGUUCCCAAAUGCCAUAACCUAGAUAAAAUGUGUUCGGAUUAUCUUUUUCACUCCACAAUGUUCAAUUUUCUAUUGAAUUGCUCAGUUAUCGUGCGUGUAUAAUUCAGUUGGAUAAUUUACUUUUUUGUACAAUGUUACCUUAUGCAAGUUUGCUCACAUAGAAGAAAUAAGAUUCAAGUACGACUACACUAUUACAACAUAUCUGUUAAACUUUAUAGCAAUUCUAUGUGAAACCGAUACAUGAUCUUUCCGAUUCAUGCUCUUUUGGGUAAAAUCUAUCCUCUCCGAAAAUAAUUGGACACGUAUAUUUUUAUUUCGCUAUUAGGGUGACCAAUUUCAAGAUAUGGUGAUCGGCGUUUGCAAGCAAAUCGAUCAACGCUAAAUACCAAAGAGUAUGUCUGCAGGAGCAACUAAAAAAAGGAAAUAUUGAACAAAUUUCAUUAAAUCGAUAAACAUAUCUGUAAAUUGAUUUAAGAAAAUUAUUUUGAGCUUUUGAGUGGAAUGUCGUCACUUGUCAUAAGACGAGUUAAGUGGUGAAAUUAAAUAGGAUUGUACAAGCUCGUCUUAUGACAAGUGUAAAUUGAUUAUUAAAAUGCAAAUAGAUAUUACUCAAAGUAUGUUGACAGCAAGAAAAUAGAAACUAUAGUGAAAUAUAACAACUUGAAAAAAAAAAUUGGUUACAAUACCUAUAUUAACCAAUUUCGCGGCCACUUUGGAAUGUGAUGAAUACAAAUUUGUUUGUUGAGAAAACGACACUCGCCAUUGAAUCUCUGCAUUGCACUCACUUUGUUCAAUUGAAUCACUUUCAUUUUAAUAUGCAGAAAGGACUUUUGUGUUGAUUUUCAGAUGCAAACAAAAGGUUUCUUCGUGAAAUAUUCAGGUAUUAUUACCAAUACAAUAUUUUGACGCAAACAUACAAAAAUGCUUUUGUCAGUUUGUCAGCGGACAUUCUGGCGAAGUUCUUGUAUAAUUUGAUUGCUGCGUAGCUCUCCCAACAAUUUACACAUAAUAUUUGACAAAUAGGUUAGAUUCAAAUAUUUGCUCAUCGUGUACUGGCACAUGUCAAAUAAUCAGCAAACGUCAAAUUUUGUUAAAACAUGCUAUGACAAACAUUUGCCGAUUAGACAAACAGUGUACUGAAUGCUUAAGUUCAGAAUGGUUUGCCGUACACGGAAGAAAAAAAGUACCCAGCGUUGAGUAACUUAUUUUUGAGCUAAUUUUUCUCUUCUCUUUCAUCCACUCUUUCUUCUGUUGUCAAAAACAAAAGAGCCAAACAAUCCAACGACGCCAGUUUAAUACGGGAAGCCAAUUUUGAGUUUUAUUACCUGAGGUCGAAAUUGAGUGAAUUAAACUUAUAUUUGGGUAAUUUAAUUUUCCGUUGGAUACUUUUUUAACAUGGGAGUAAAGGCAGACUACUUCGACCCUACUUACUCAAUUUUGGCUUCCCGUACGGAUGUUCGGGGUUGGGUGAAUUAAACUCACUAUUGGGUAGUUUAUUUCUUCCGUGUACGAAUCUAUGACAAAAGCUCAAAGAACUAAAGGUCGAAAAGGCAAAACGACAAAAGGACAAGAGGUCGAAAAACAAAAUUAAUUAAAAUCGAACAACUAUAGCCUUGAGAACAAUACAAAGCAAAACAAUAAUUUAGGUAUCGUCACUGGGGUGACAGUAGGCCAGGUUUUAAGAUGUCUUUUUGAUCAAUGUAUCUAAAGACAAGAAAACUAAAAUAUGGGGCCGUUUUGCGGCCUCUUCCCCUGCAGUAAAUUUAUUAAUAAACUGUCCAUGAAAUAAAGAAGAAGAAAUCACUGGAAACUAUUAUACGCUAGAUUUUGGUUUAGAAGCAUGUUUUCAAACUUGUUGUCAUAUAUUUUGUGUACAGAACUGAAGAUUUUUAAAUUUUGUUCCUUCGACCUUUUAUCUCUUCCACGUUUUUUUCUUCAAACUUUUGUCUCUCGUCCGUCUGUUCCAAGGCCUGCUAUACCCAUAUAUAAAACUAUAAAAAAUAUACAUGUAAGCGACCUAUUUCGAUCUAUUUAUGUAUCUAUGAUGGUCGAACCCUUCGUGUUGUCCGGAGCAAACCCGAAUGUUAUAUUGUAUUCCAGGUCGCUCGGGCCGCCAAUCGCCAGUCUCCUUGCACACCAACCGCACAAUCAUCUUCGUCGAUUUUACACAGCCAGCGAGUGCGGCUACCCCGGAACCGACGUCAUCUUCCAGUUUCUACCUUUGAAAACUAAACUAUUGCCAUGCGUUGUAUCAUAUCCAAUGUGUCUGAUAAUAAUUAAACUUAUUUUCUUAUUUGGUGGGAACAGGAAAAAUCAUUGUGAAUUAAAAGAAUUGCUCAUCAAAUGGGUGUUAAUUGCUUGGUUAAUUUGUUUGCAAUAAUACAUAAACAUAUAUUCUGCAACUCAUGUAUUCUUAUUGCUUAUAUUACGAGUAGAUUGGCGUGAGACUAGUUGAUUUCGACUAUUCACACAUGUAAUUUCAACGAAGGUAUUCGACUACGCUCAUCAUUUAUCUUUCGUUACACUACUUAUAAAAUAAACCUAAUUCGCGUACUAAACGUAUAAACGUGAAUUCUAUUUAUUGCGGCGUAUCGGUCAUCUCUUAAACAACGGUCACCUUGGUCUAUCUAGUGGUGUUUAUGCCUUUCUCGCGCAUUAGAUAUACUAAAAAAAAGAGUUAGAUUUUUCUAGUGUUUUUUUUUUGUAUAAAAAUCUAUUUUGUCCAUAACUCCUGAUCCCAUGAUCCGAUGGUCCUUGCUAAUUUUCAAUAGCAAACAAUGAGACAGGACACACAGACAUCAUCCCAAUUCGUCAAGCUGAGUCGAUUGGUAUAUAACACUAUGGGUAUCUGAGCCCACUAUCGUUAUCUAAUCGUCUUUGAAAUGAAUAUAUAGCCUUUUGGUUACACCUUGGUGUACGAGAAAGGCAUGACAUAAAUUUAUCCCCUGGCCUUUCUCGUUGAAUUUGACUUAGUGUGACUUAGUAUGCUCAGUUCUUCGAGCUGAUUCGAUUGGUAUAUAACACUAUGGGUCUUCGAGCCUUUUUUAUCAAAUGUUUGAUUUGGCAGUGAAAUUAUAGCCUUUCGGUACAAAUUUGUUGUACGAGAAAGGCAAAACCUAAAUGUGUUAGGGGUAAUGACGGCUUUGGCAAGUUUUGUUCUAUUAUUGGCAGGGGGGUUUUUCAUGACUGAUUAUGCUCAAAUUUGGCCCAAACAUUCUUUGCAUAUCAAAGAAUAUUGUAGCCAAAUUUCAUAAAAUUCGGUCGACAAAAACCCCCCUGCCAAUAAUAGAACAAAACCUGCCAAAGCCGUCUGUUCCCCUACUUGAGCCUGAAUUUCUUCGAAGAGAGUGUAGUGAACUAAGCUGCCAUUCUCUGUUCUAAUCACACAGUAUUUUACUACCAUUAUUGUUGAUCAACGAAAACUAGAAGAGAAUAAAAUAUUUCAAAGCUUAUAGCAACGGAUUGUAUACCGCACUGAUUGUAUAAAGUACAAGCUUGAUUAAUUAAUACAAAAUUUUCAUGUUGGAAUGUCGAAACCUCGAUCCACAGUUAUUGACAGAUGUUAAUUUACCUGUAAAUUCAAAAUGACUUGAGUUUUCAAUCAAUAAAAGUUAUCUGUAUUUGGUUUUAUGAGUAAUGAACAUUUUAGAAAGUACAUUGAGUUCUCCAAAACCUAAAUCACCAAAACUGAUAUCGCUCUGUAGUAUGUAUAAAAAAAGUGGGUGGUAACAUCACAAACACAGCGAAAUCACACACACUUUUCUAUUUUGGAGAAGUCAAUGAGCUAGGAGAACCGAAGAAUGCUGUCAUCAGAGAAAAAGUAGCCUUGCCGUGGAAUUUUUUUGUGAUUCUACUUUUUCUCUGAUGACAACAUUCAUCCGAUUCUUCUAGCCCAUAUACGCAACAGUAAUACUUCAGAAUAACAGUAUAGAUCAACGAUCAUAAAACUUCUCCUAAGACAUUGUAUUUAAGGGAAAAACCUUCAAAUGUCCUUACCCUUAAAAAAAUUCAGCUAAACAGCUAUGAACACAGAUUCUCGAAGUUACAACUGAGUUGAAAAAAAACACUUGAAUCUUUUAAUCUAAAUACAACAUUUUUAUAUAUUGAUUGUUGCAUAUUUCUGUAGUAAUGAAACCACAAUAACAAUAUUUUUCAAUAAAGUGUGACCGAAACAAGAACUCAAAGAGAAAAUGGAAAUACACUAACACGAGUUGCUUAUUUGAUAAGAGCAUCUUAAUAGAUAGUUUACGAAAACCAAAUGUUUGUCCUCAAAAAUAUUGUGUUAUACAUCGUUUUGCAAAUGUAUGAAAGAAUAGUAUGAAUUAUUGUAACAUUAUUGUAACUUCAAAUAUUAAAUCAACCUUCGAAAUAUAGAUGAUUAUUAACAACUAAACAUACAAAUUUGGCAAGUGGACCUAUAAUCGACAGCACGCGAAAUUAAACAUUAAAUAAAGCUAAAUGAGACAGCAAUCUUCUAUCAUAAGACACAGUUGGUUAGGCAAAAAUAGAACUCCAUAAUGCUGACAAUUAUAGGCUUACUAUCCAUUUAAGGGAAGCAAAACAAGGAAACACAUAAUAUCUCUUAUGUUGCAUGUCGCCAACUAUCAUAAAAUAAAACAAACGAAUGAAUGUAAAACAAAAUAUUUACAUAGUUUAUUUAUCUAUUUAAAAUCUAUUUAUCUAAAAAAAACUAUUUUUUACAAAAAAAAACAUGUGAUAUAAUUGUGAAAAUGCAACACUAAUUUUAAAUUGCAAGUUUCAAGUCCUCAUGUUUAACAGUAUGCAGCCAUCACCAGAAACAAAAUAUUUGAAAUUCACCAUACCUAACUGAAUCAAACAAUGAAUGGUCAAAACACUUUUUCAAGCAAUCACUAAACAUAUUUUCUAAGAAGAAAACGUGCAUCUAAUCUUUGUUCUCAAAACCGUAUUAACAUAAAACUAGUUAACUAUUUCGUCCUCUCACAAACACUCUCAAAGUGUAAAGUUGAUUACAAAACUAGAUACGGAUCCCUCAUAUGAAAUUUCACCAAACCUUAGUUAAGUAGAAUUUUUGAUUUCAUCGAUAGAUAAGAAAUAAAGCAUAAAGCAAGUUUUGAAACUAACUGAACGAGUCACUGCAAUCAAUUUCAUACAAAGUGAAAAAAAAAAUAAACAAAAUAUUUGGAUCAACUCAACGGAUAGAUAAGAUGGAAGUUAAGGUAUAUCGAUAAGGAAGAUUAAGUAAGUUGAACUAUGUUACUACCUUAGAAACGGUCUUACAUUAAUAAUUACAAGAUGUUCGAGCGGAAAACAAACAUCUAAAUGCACUUAAAAACUAGCAAUUUCAAAUGUAUUUUGAUUGAAUCGUUGAUAUGCAAUUCAUUGAAGAUAAUAAAACUUUCUUUUAAUUCAAA